UAACGAGACAUGGCGAUUCUGUUAUGGAUUUUUUGGGCUACCUGUCCCAUGGACAAGAAUGCAGAUUAACCCCUCCUUACCUAAUCUUUGAGAACUUAGUUACUUCAUUAUUAACACACACUUCCACAUGUUACAUUUUGAAAUACUGUACCUUCACAAAACAAUUCUCAAACCGUAAGUCUGAACGAUACCAUGCUGACAACGGACGUAUCUUAACUUUGUGUGGAAAAUGAGCGAUUCGCUGAAAAAUGAAAGUAAUAUGAACGCAUUAAUAUUUGACAGUGUCCCCAGAACCCAGGUUCAGAAUCACUACCAUGGUAACAUGGUCUAAAAGUUGAACAACCACCCCUGUCCCUCUGUUUGAACUGCAGUGCAAUAACAUGUUCACUGUUUCAAUGACAUAACCGUGAAGAAUUUUCCCUUGAGACCAACAAGGCCCACCCAUAUUGCUUUCACCAUUUCACUGCACAUUUCAUCACACGCUUUCGCUUUUUCGGAUUUGAAAAGGAACCUGGCUCAAUGGUGCCUGUGCAGCUAUAUCUUCAUGCCUACAUUUUGCCUACAUCACAUGCUAUACGCCAUAUAAAUAUCCCUUACCUCCAGCAAUGAAACCAAACUGAAAACACCCAUGAUCCUUUGCACUUAGUAAUUGUAUUCACAAGUAAGGCCAAAACUGGCUAAAUCAACACUUCUCCCUGCAGAAUUGGAGUUUCCUUACCUUUGACCCAAAAGUUUAUAAUAGUCUUGACGAUUAUCAGCAAGAACAGUACAAAAUGAACUCUACUGUAAAUGCUGUGUGCAUAAGCACUUUGCCUUAUCACUUUUACACACCUGGAAUAUGCUGGAAAUAAUAACAGAUAUGAAAGAUCAACAAUGGCCCUGUGUUUGGUUUACUCUACAGGUGUGUGCUUAUUGGCCAUACGGAGGAGGUGCUGUUUUCAAAGUAGAGGAGGGGGCAUAUAAAAUAGGUUUCCUGUAUUGAUUGUACUAUUUUCCUAUUCCUCUCUCGCUAUAUUACUCAGGAACGCCAUCGUUGCAAGGCGCGAGAACCGUAGAUAAGACCGUGUUUUAUUCUUCGCAUAAAUAAGAAACCCAGUUUUGGUCGAGCUCUGCGACAAACCCCUCACGAUUAUGACAAACGGCUGCCGUGCUGUUUGCGGAGCGUCACCGGGUUACUAAGAGACAUUGUUUGGAGAGCUCCGGGACUACAGAUUACGGCAGAAUCUUAUUAAUUUUCGUUAUCUGCGCUGAAUAUCGAGGCGAUUGGGUAAACAGCGAGGAGCGGCGCUUUGGCUCCGUGUGGCAGUCAUUUUGCCAGCGGGACGACAAGUUGAGGAGGCAGUGUGAUGAGCAGCAGUCUGGGGCCUAACAUUCAGUCGGGGUCCCAUGGCAGAGGGAGAGUCAUGAUGUGAUGGAUUCCACAGCUGUGGUGUACAGCGGUCGCUAACAGUCACGUGGGUGGGAGAGAGGACCCCACUGCCCCCUCCCGUUCCCCCUCCCCUGCCCCCCCCCCGCUGCUACGACAAUGAUGCAGUCACUCCCGACGGAGCUGAUGCUCCUGGUCUACAUCGUCACCUUCGUGACCGGCCUCCCCGCCAACGUGCUGGCCUUCUACGCCUUCUGCCGCAAGGUGCGCCGGAGGCCCACGCCCAUCGACAUCCUCCUCCUCAACCUCACCGUGUCCGACCUCAUCUUCCUCGCAUUCCUCCCCUUCAAGAUGAAGGAGGCGGCCGACGACAUGCUGUGGAACAUGCCCUACUUCCUGUGCCCGCUGUCCGGCUUCCUGUUCUACACCACCAUCUACAACAGCACCUUCUUCCUGACCGCCGUCAGCGUGGAGCGCUACCUGGGCGUGGCCUUCCCCAUCUGGCACAACCUCAACCGCAGGCCCGUGUACUCGGUGAUGGCCAGCGUCUUCUUCUGGGUCUUCUCCUCCACGCAGCUCAGCAUCGUCUACAUCAUGCCCUUCUACAACCCCACGGGCGGCAACGUCAGCCACGACAGGUGCUACGAGAACUUCACCCGCGAGCAGCUGCACAUCCUGCUGCCCGUUCGCCUGGAGCUGUGCGUGGUGCUCUUCUGCGUCCCCUUCCUGGUCUGCUGCUUCUGCUACAUCAACUUCAUCCGCAUCCUGUCCCGGCUGCCCAACAUCAGCCGCAAGAGGCGCCUGCGGGCCAUCGGCCUGGCGCUGGGCACCCUGGUGGUGUUCGCCGUCUGCUUCGGGCCCUACAACGCCUCGCACGUCGUGGGCUUCGUCACGCAGGAGAGCCCCAGGUGGCGCGACGUGGCCUUGCUCUUCAGCACCUUCAACGCCUGCCUGGACCCGCUCAUCUUCUACUUCUCCUCCUCGGCGGUGCGGGGCAUGUCCAGCUGCUUCCUGCAGGGGCUGCGGCAGAGGCUGCGGCUGACUGGCUGCCGCCCCCCGGUGGAACGCCCGGGGAAGGACGCGGGAAGGGACCCCGGCCCGACGCAAGCUAAUGCCCUCUGAGAGCAGGCGUUAGCGGCUUUAGCAGACAUGCUAGCGUAUGCAUUAGCGUGCAUGUUAGCGUAUGCAUUAGCGGACACGUUAGCGUAUGCAUUAGCGGACACGUUAGCGUAUGCAUUAGCGGACACGUUAGCGUAUGCAUUAGCGUGCAUGUUAGCGUAUGCAUUAGCGUGCAUGUUAGCGUAUGCAUUAGCGGACACGUUAGCGUAUGCAUUAGCGGACACGUUAGCGUAUGCAUUAGCGGACACGUUAGCGUAUGCAUUAGCGGGCACAUUAGCGUAUGCAUUAGCGUGCAUGUUAGUGUAUGCAUUAGCAGACAUGCUAGCGUAUGCAUUAGCGUGCAUGUUAGCGUAUGCAUUAGCGUGCACAUUAGCGUAUGCAUUAGCGUGCAUGUUAGUGUAUGCAUUAGCGGACAUGCUAGCGUAUGCAUUAGCGUGCAUGUUAGCGUAUGCAUUAGCGGACACGUUAGCGUAUGCAUUAGCGGACACAUCGGAGGAGAAACACGUUAGCGGACAUAUCGGAGAAGAAACUCUGUCUCUGUGGUGGUUUAUAUUUGUGCAUGCCGUUCUUGGGUUAUUUGUCUUGUCGUUCUCAUCGGUCGAUUCCCUAAAUAUCUUUGCGGUGCACAGGUGAUGACACGCAGUUCUUAGUCUUUCUAGUUCAUCUUUCUGGAUCCCUAAAUGUGUUCACACCACAUGACGUGUGGUUCAACCCUCUCUGCCUGUUAUUUUUAAUAUAUAUGUUUUUCACUCUUGUGGUUUUCGCGCCCGUGCAUCGGAGAGUUUUACGCAGAAUUACGUCUAAUUUUUGUUUCCUUUCUUCGUAACGGCCCAUCGAUGAGCUGCAGGGGAAGCAAACAGGAAAGGCAGCAACGCAGCCACAUUGAAAUCACCCUACGCAGUUUUAAAAAAAAAGCCACCCCCAGAUGCACAAAAGCCCAGCCGUGACACACGUAGGCUGAUAACGCAGCUCAGCUCUGUGCUAAUGAACACCUCAUUGGGAUAACCUGCCUGAAUGAUUGACUUCAUUUUUUAAUUCCCCUGUAGCCUUUUCCCGGGGAAAUCGAUGGCAUUCAAAGGCAGCAUCGUUGCAUCCCUGCUGACCCAAACACCUCCCGCUCUCCCUGUUUCCUGCCUCCGAACCUCUGUGCCAUGCAUGGAGAGGCUAGCAUGCAGGGACAGGGAUGACUGUUUGACUAUUUUUUCUUGAGCUAAAAUUAAUAUCAAAUUACUUUAUACUGCAGUCACCAGUGGCAACUCACACAUCUACUGUAAUGGAUAAUAGCACAAUCACAUGUGGUAGGGACACGAGAAUUACUAUCAGACACCAAUUUGCAUGCUUAUCUAGGAAUAUGGCUAAGCUUGGUGUUCAGGUAAAUAAUUGCUGGGGUAAAACAUAAAGAGUGUUAAACUGGAACAAAUGCAGAACGGCCCACCUUGUCUACACCUGCUGUUUAGAAAUAAAGCGUGUGAGUCCCUCAGUUGCGGAAAAACACAUGCAGGGAAUCGACAAAAGGAAAACAGCUGCAGUAUGAGUUCAUACAGAGUCAACAGUACCUACUUAUUACCUCAUUACAAACUAGUGAUGCCAUGGAGACUCAGGCUGUGGUACCGAAAGUGAUGUAGUUAUUCGUUUUCUAGAAACAGUCGCCCUCGGUCCUGGUCCCGGCAGAGCCGCACAGUCUGCCGGUGCUUGCUUUCGCCACCGAUUCAGACCCAAGAAACCUCAGUGUGACCUCAGUUAUAACAGUGUAAACGUCUGCUUUCAACAAAAAAGCAGGUGAUCAACUGUUGUGCUACUCAAGUGCUGAGUAAAAAACAAAAACAAAACAAAAGCCAGCAGACCCUGCAGCUCUCCCGAGGACCACUGUUCUAGAACGUCAUUUUUGAAUGGAACCCUUUCAGGGGUUCACUGAGAUUGCCUGUUUGUAAACAGCUGACGCACUUCUUCACAUAGUCUGAGUCUGUAGCUCUGAAGGUUAAUUAUUUAUUUCCUGUUCCAGGAAAAAAAGAGUAACGACAUAUUGCAGUGUCUGUCACGAGUAACUUUAUGAUGGGGAUUUCACGCAGAUGUUUGCAUGUUAUGCUCUGUUAAUGCUCAGGCCUCACUGUCUAAGCAUGUUUCUGUUUUCACUAAGACUUUGUUAAAGGACGAAUUAUGAAGCACUAAUAAUGAAUCCUUGAAAAAUAACAGCCAUAACCCUUGUCAUACUUUGAGAGUACAUCAAUUAUAAGUAUUAUGUUUAGGUUACACAAGGCUUGUUUCAAGCGUAGGUUUUGUUGUCGCGCGAGCUUCAUCAUGCUGGGGGUGUGGGCGGGGUUGAGAAUGUUGGAGGAGACGUUUUUUGAUUGUAAACAAGGGAGUGAAGCAAGGACUGAAACCCUGCACAGUAUGCCUUUAAAGUGAAUCGGAAUACAACAGAAUAAAUGCACUGCUGCUUUUCUUUGGCUGUGGGAGGAUAUAUUAACAACACAAUGAUCUUAAGCUUUUUCAUACGUCACUGCAGUGAAUAGAUAAGUAAACAUAUUCUUGCAACGACAGGCAACCAAUUAACAAAAAAAAAACUGCUCCAAGAAGCAAUAGAAAGUUAUGGAAAGAGUAGCCUGUAUUUGCUGUGAUUAAAAACAAUAUAAGGCACUUAAGUGUAUUGUUUUCUGACAGACAGUGAAAUGAUUGAUUCUACCAAAAAGUAACCGGGUUCUAUUAUGAUGAACCAAAUAACCCAUAAUAACAGGACCACUAAAUAACCCAUAAUUCAUAACCCAAGAUAGGGAACCACGUUAAACGUGUUUAGAGGUCCUUGUAAAACAUGUUGUACUUUACUGUAGUGAUUUAUUUGUGCUCAGCAAAAAAAAAUACAAAAUACUGCUUGAGUCAGCAGAACCACAGGGGAGAAUGUUUGUUACCUGGUGAUAAAUUCAAUCCGCCUUUUCGAUAUUGUUUUUAACUGGUCUAAUAGGUCUGUGUUGCGUGGCAGAAAUUGUUCUCAAAAGGCACCAGGGUGUUUUUUAAAAAAACGGAGAGAUCAAUGGUUUAGCUUAUUAUCGUUUAAAAUAUAUUAAUACCUGCGGAGGUUUACAGGGGAAAAGUAAAUAAGAAUUUAACGCUGGACCCCAUGAGAGAUGUUCUGCUCGAUGCGCAAUACACCCUCGAACACACAUGGAGCAGAUGCUUAUUGUUUUUUCCCCCCUGAGCUGACCAUUGAAAAGAUAGUGAAUAAUGAAAAAAAAACUUUCCCUUGUUUUUUUUUUGUACAUAUAUCCACAAAUUUGUGGUUUUUAGAAAGAUUAAAUUUUAUAUUGUGUUUAUAUUGAUUCUGAUAUUCUGUUGCACCUGAGUCUAUGUGUGUGUCUGAGAGAGUGAAAGGAAAAUUAUGCACUAUCUUCAUAAUUUCUUCAUAAUAAUAGAAUAAUAUUUAGCUGCACUAGACCAGUUGUGUGGCCACAGAAAUGCACCACUGUGACAAUUCAAGCAAGACUGGCAGAUCGUUCAUUUUGUUUCUUUUGUAAUGAACUUACCUCUAUUAAUAAAGAUUGUUAUAUAAUCGAGUAAACUUUUGAUGACAAGUA